CCUUGUCCCCCCCGGCCCUCCCCCCAGCCAUGGAGCCCCCCCGGGCACCUCCCACCCCCGAGCUGGAAUUUGGGGGGCCCUGGGGCGCGGGGGCUCUGACGCUGCUGCUGCCGCUGGGGCUCGUGGGGGUCGUGAGCGCGUGCAUGGGGGAGGGGGAGGGCUGGGGGACCCCCGCCCUGGCCCUGCCCACCCCCCCCACCCUGGCGCUCGUCCUCGCCUGGGUGGGCGCCCACGCGCUCGGGAGCUGCUGGAGACCCCCGAGGAGCCCCGGUGACGCCCCAGGACCCCUCUGGGACCUCGGCUGGCUCUUGGCGCUGGGGGGGGCCCUGGGGGGGGCUCUGGCCCUGGGGGUCCCCCUGCCCCCCCUGUGCCCCCUCCUGCCCCCGCUGGCGGCGGCAGCGUCCAGCGUCGCCUUCGGCCUCGGGCUCGUCCUCCUCGCGCGGCGGCGACUGCGGGGGGGAGGCACUGGACACCUUGUGUACGAUUUCUUCGUGGGGGGGGAACUGGGGUCCCCGCUGGAGCCCCCCGAGAGUCUGCACUGGGAGCGGGUCGGGCUCUGCGCCUGGCUGCUGGUGCUGGCGGCGGCUCUGGGGGAGCAGCAGCGGCUUUGGGGGUCCCCGUCGCUGCCCCUUGUGCUCGUGGUGGCCGCUCAGGGGGUCCCGGUGCUGCGGCGCCUCAGGGAGCUGAGCAGGAAUUCUCCCCCCGGCCCCGGGGGGUUCCUGGGAGUCUUCGGGGCUCUUGCCUGGGGCCCUUUUGGGGGUCCCCUCCCAGCGCUGCUGCUCCUGCGAAGACCCCAAAACAAGCUGGGGGGAGCCGGGGGGGCUGCCUGUGGGGGGCUCUACGCCCUGGGGUUGUGGAUCUUCCACGGUGCCACCACCCAGAGGAGCCUCUUCAGCCGUGACCCCCGAGACCCCCGAGUGGCCGGUCUCCCCACAGUCCCCACGGCCACGGGGCAGGUGCUGCUGGCAGGGGGCUGGUGGGGGCUCGUGCGACGCCCCGAUGACCUUGGGGAGCUGCUGAUGGCAUUGGGCUGGACCCUUCCCUGCGGCCUGUCCCCGCCGCUGCUGCUGCUCCUGGUGGGGGCUGUGCUCCGCGAGCUCCGAGCACUCGUGGGGGAGCGGCAGCAGCGGCGCCGGUUUGGGGGGGCCUGGGGGGGCCUGUGCCAGCGUGUGCCCCGUCGGCUGCUGCCCCUCAUCUACUGAGGGUUCCUCCAAGACCCCCCUGCGACCCCCGAGAUCCACAGAGGGACUCCCUGGGACCCUCCUGGGAUUCUCCACGUUGCCUGUGGAACCCCCAAGGCCCCCCCAUCUACUGAGGCACCUUCGGGACCCCCCCCCCCCCAACACUUACUGACACUCCAAAAUUUACUGACCUCUCAAAUCAACUGGGACUCCCCACACUUACUGAGAGUGUGGACCCCCUUGGGAUUCCCCAGUUGCUGAGGGGCCUCCAGGUCACAGGGGGUUUCACAGCCCCAUUACUGUGGAUAAAGUAAUAAAAAAAA